AUGGUGCAUUGAUAUGCAUUUCCUGCGGAGUUAAAAUUAUAAAUAUACAAAUUAUUGAAUUUUUAUUUCAGUAAAUCAAAAUGACAUCGUUUGCAGGUCUUCUUUUAAUAUGUGUAAUAUUGGGUGUAGUGUACGAAGGGUUAUCCGCUGAGAAUCCGGUUACGAAACAACUAGAUAUAACAGGUGAACAAGGAGAGACCAUAAACUUUCCAUUGCAAGUUUCCAUUACUCUUGGUGAUGAGGAUGUAUCAAAAGGAAAUGAAGGAAAUUUAAAAAAUAUAUUUGAUCAAUGCAAAUAUUUAGUUGGUAGCAGUCAAAUACCUUUUUGUCGGUUGAAUCCAGCAACUAAAUCUUCUGAAGCUGACAAAACUUAUCCAAAAAGCUGCAAAGAAAUUAUGGAGGGAGGAAUUAAUAAAUCUGGAGUAUACGAAAUAAAAACACUUUUAAGCAAAAGUCCUUUUGCUGUUCUUUGCGAUAUGGAAACUAGGGGAGGUGGUUGGACACACAUUCAAAAACGAUUUGAUGGAUCUCAGAAUUUUUAUCUACCUUGGAGAGACUACAAGUUUGGAUUUGGAGAUUUAGAAAGGGAAUUUUGGAUUGGAUUGGAGAAUAUUUACCACAUGACAACAUCUGAAAGAAGUGAACUUUUGGUAGAAUUGACAAACACGAAUAAUAGCAAUGGAUAUGCACAAUACACAUCAUUUGUAAUAGGCCCAGAAAAAGAUGGAUAUAUACUAAAAGAACUGAGGGGAUAUUCCGGGGAUGCAGGAGACUCUUUAACAUCUCAUGUUGGGAGUAAAUUUUCAACACUAGAUGUGGAUCUAGAUAAAAGAAGUGAAUACAGUUGUGCGCAAAAAUAUGGAGCUGCUUGGUGGUAUAACAAAUGCUUCGAUAGUAACCUUAACGGAAAAUUCAUGAAUAUAGUAUUUUCUGAGGAACCCUUGCCCCCAUAUGGACUCAGUUGGUUCACCUUUAAUAAAAACCCAAAUAAAAAUUUAGCUGGCUCAAGAAUGAUGUUACGACCAAUGGUGGAUAAAACAUAAAUCAAAAUAUUUUUUUCUGCUCACAUAAUAUAUAAUUUGUAAUGCUUACCUACAAUGUACUCACAAAAAGCAGUAAUUCUUAUUACAUAAAUUGAAUUCUGAUUAAUAAAA